CAGGUGUUUGACAAUAAUACAAGCUCAAGCCGUGCGCGGCGUCGCAAUAUUGCUAGCGGUAUUCUCUCCAGGUGUGCCUGCGGAGCGCGUGGGCCCCAAUAUCUCGGCGUAAGAUGGCCCUGGAUGUCUUGAUCUGGAUGCUCACCUGAGAUUUGGGCCGCUCCUAUAUCAGGGAUGCAGGGUCUUAUGCACAGAGCAGCCCUUUUGCACCGAUAAGCUGUCCUACCCCACCUCUGCGGGCAUGUUGCGCACGGACCAAGCACCUAUGGAGUCCGCCGACCAUGCGAAGAGGAAAGCUCUGACCAGGAAAGUCCUUUGGAAACUGGAUACUCAUGUGCUCCCUGCGCUAGCUUUCCUGUGGUUGGCCAACUUUAUCGACCGGUCGAACAUUGGCAACGCCAGCAUUGCCGGCCUACAGACAGAUCUCCACCUGCACGGUAAUCAAUACAACACCGCGCUUGCAAUCUUCUUUGUCUCAUACAUCAUUGUUGAAGUCCCCUCAAACUGGGUUUUGAAGAAGAUCAAGCCAAGUAGAUGGCUGCCGUUCAUUGUUGCCAUAUGGGGUGUAGUCACGACAAUGACGGGCGUGAUCCAGAAUUUCUCUGGUCUUGUGGCCAUCCGUUUCUUCCUUGGGAUGUGCGAAGGCGGUCUUCUUCCCGGCAUUGUCCUCUAUCUCAGCACGUUAUAUCGGCCGCAUGAGUUGCAGCAGCGGGUUGGCAUAUUCUAUGCAUCAGCAUCCCUUUCUGGUGCUUUCGGAGGUCUACUCGCAUCUGCCAUCCUCAAGAUGGAUGGCGUGGGCGGUCUCGCGGGCUGGCGCUGGAUAUUUAUCCUUGAGGGGAUCGCAACCGUCUUGAUUGCUAUUUUUUCAUGGGCGACCAUGCCUGCCGACCUCUCAUCUGCGAAGUUCUUCACAGAUGAAGAGAGGGAGUUCGCCCUCUGGCGAUUCCGCGAGGCGCACUCCGUCGUCACUGGUGCACCCCUGUCUGAGCCUGCACAGAAGAUCAACACAGAAGGCGAUGGCGAUAUAGAUGCAGAGAAGGAGGGCGAGGUCCGUAUUGAGAGCCAACCACCCCAACCUGUCGCCGUUCACCAAGAAGAUGAGCUGUUCGAAUGGAGGGAGGUAAUGCGAGCUGUGCUGGACGUCCAAGUCUGGUUAACGGCGUUCGCAUACAUGGGGAUCAUUGUCAGUCUGUACAGCUACUCGCUGUUCAUCCCAACCAUCGUUGCUGGCCUCGGUUACACAGGAGAAGAAGCGCAGCUUCAUACAGUGCCCCCAUACGUGCCUGCUGUCGUUUUCACUGUAGUAGUAGCGUUUGCCAGCGACAGGGUGAAAAUGCGUGGACCUUUCAUGCUGUUUUUCCUUCCCAUUGCAGCAGCCGGAUAUAUCCUGGCUAUCGUCGCAAAGGCGAGUACGAAUCUGCAACGAUAUGUCGCCGUGCAUCUUAUUGCCACUGGAAUCUACCCUUGCGGACCAUGUAUCCUGUCUAUUCUUCCGAAUAAUUGCGCUGGACACUACAAGAAGGCUACAGCGGUGGCAUUGCAACUCGCCAUCGCCAACUGCGGCGGGUUCGUCGCGACUUUCGCGUACACCUCCGACCAAGCACCCCAGUACAAGACCGGACACAGUAUCGUGCUCGGCUUUGUCGUGGCCGCCUGGGUCUUUGUGGCGCUCAACGUGAUAUACUGCAUGUGGGAGAACAAAGCUCGUGCCGACGGCCGCCGUGACGGGCAGAUUGAGAAGUAUCAGGAGCUGUGGGACACCGGCAAGACGAGGGCGCCUAUCGGCGACCGUUCACCAUCGUUCCGGUUCAUUCUGUGACCUGUGGUCCCGCGUUGCACUCAUUGUAUUAUCACGCUCCCAUGACAUCAUGCAUUUUGGCUUGUGGCAACGA